AUGGCGGUCGUCUGGCGCAGUUUCAAGUUCUUCGAAUCGGAGGUGCUGAAGGGGCCCCUGAGCCGCAUGGAGAUGACGAGCUGCUGCUACGGCCACAAGGCCCUCUUCGUGGGCGACGGCGAGGGGUUCGUGUACGCCGUGGACCGCGGCGGCACCGCGACGCUGCUGGAGUUCCCCGCGUACAAGGGGCCCGUGACGCACAUGAAGCACCUGCGCUCACGGAACGUGCUUGUCACCAUCGGCGACGACGACGCGCUCAACACCGGCAUCCUGCGCGUGUGGAGCCUGGACGCGGACUCCGAGUCUGCCCCGCGGUGCAGGGAGCACCGCCUCUUCGGCGCGAAGCACCCCCCGCCGUCUGAGAGUGUUGUCCUCCGCACCAACUACAACGCGGAGCUGAUGCAGGCGCUGAAGUUUAGAGGGCGGGAGGGGGCGGCGGAGAACGCCAUCCCUGCCACGGCGUUCCGCACGGUUGUGGUGGACUUUGACGUCUCGGAGGACCUUCAGAACGCCGCGGUGGCGCUCGUCAGCGACGAGAUUGUGGUGCUGCGCGGCGACCUUGAGCGCGACCCCAGCGUGAAGAUCCGUCGCCUUCGCAGCGGGGUGGCGCGCGGGGCCGUCGCCUUCGUCGGGUUCCCGGGAGCGAAGUUCACUCCACGCGGGGCGCAGGGCAAGUCGCACCUCUUUGGGCUCGGCAUCGGGGGCGUCGCCGGCGUCAGCGGCAGCUGGUCAUCCCCCGCCGCGGUGGCGCAUGCGAUGUACACCGUCUUCGCCGACGUCGUGACGGUGUGGCAGGUGACCGGCGCCGCGGACUACGCGGAGCACCGCUGCGACCCGCCCUUCGGGGCGGCGCCGGAGUGCUGCAGCCUGACCGACGACGGCCAGUUGGUCGUCGCGAGCGCCACAAGCGACCAGGUGGCCGUCUUCGGCAGCGAGGAGGUGUUGUCGCCCUCGGCGCGGACGUCGACUUUGCCGCCGGCGUUCGACCCCACACUUUUUGGCGCCGUCCACUUUGCGGAGGUGGAGGGGCGCAAGCGGCGGCUGCUUGCGCAUCGCGGCUACGUCGUCGUGCUGACGCAGAGCGAGACGCGGCCGGAGAAGUUCACGCUGCAGUGCUACGACCUGGUGAACCGUCUGCGGUGUUUGAGCCGCACGCAGGAGAGCGCCUGCACCAAUGCCGCGUGGCUGGUCGCCGAUGCCGCCGACAUCCUCGUCAUUUGCCAGGAGGCGAGGCAUGAGGAGUUCGUGGCGCUGCGCGUCCUGCGGCUGACGGAGACGGGCUUGCAGUCCCGGCUGGAGCAACUCUUUCAGAAGGAGUGCUACGACGUGGCGAAGCGGCUUGUGCGGCGGCUGCACGCCGCGGACGCCUCGCAGCAGAUGAGCAUCCAGAAGAAGUACGGCGACUACCUCGUGUCGAAGGGGAAGUACGCGGAGGCCAUCGACCAGUACAUUGAGGCCAUCGGCUUCCUUGAGCCCUCGUACGUCAUCCGCAUCUUCGUUAAUGGGCAGCACACGGCAGAGCUCACCCGGUACCUGGAGGAGCUGCACCACAAGCGCCACGGCAACCUCGCCAACCGCAGCCACACGACGUUGCUGCUGAACUGCUACAUCAAACUCCGGGAUGAGGCGCAGCUGUCGGAGUUUAUUCACCGCGACGACAUUCGCUUUGACGCCCACAACGCCAUUGAGGUGUGCCGCCAGGCGGGCUACUACGAUGCCGCGAUUUAUAUUGCGGAGAAGUACGCCCAGCCCCGCGACUACGUUAUCAUUCAGCUUGAGAACCUGCGGAACCCGGAGAAGGCGCUUGCGUUUAUUCGCACCUUGUGCGUUGACGACGCCGAGGCCAUCUUGCUCGAGGUAGGGAAGGACUUGGUCGGCAUGGAGCCCCGCGCCUGCACCGAGGUGCUGGCGGAGUUGUGCAUUCAGUGGAAGGGGCCUGCGCGGCGCCUCGCGGACCCCACCCGCCCCCACCGCGGCGCGGCAGAGAGCUACAGCUACCCGCUGCCACAGCAAACCCCGCCUCCGUAUUACUCGCAGCAGCAGCAACCACGCCAGUCGCACCGCAGUGAGGCGAGGGACUUUAUGCACGUCUUUGUCGAUUCCCCUGUGUGCCUGUUUCACUUUUUGCGUGCGGUGGUGGAGAGCGGCGUCGUUGACGGCGCGGGCGAGUCGCAGCGGGUGGUGUACAACACCCUACUUGAGCUGUACAUGACGCGGGAGCUGCGGCAGAGCAUCCGUCAGCGGGAGACGCCGGACGGGGCGGAGGUGUACACGGUGGAACCGUACGAGCGGCGGCUUGAGCAGGCGCUGACGUUCAUGGAGGCGUACGCCGGCAGUUACGACGACUACCAUGCCCUGGCGCUGGCGGAGCAGCACGACUUUGAGGAGGGAGUGUUGCUGCUGUUGCGGCGUCUGCGUCUCUCCUCGGACAUCAUGCAGUACUACGCGAAGAGGCUGGAGGAGGGCGCCACGCCGGCGAUACGGCGGGCGGCGCGGGAGAAGCUCAUUGAGGCAUGCCGCAGUCAGCUGCAGCAGGACGGCGGCGGUGGGGCCGGUGACCGUGGCAAAGCGAGUGGGAAUAGUAACAAUAACAGCAGCAGCAGUGGCGGUGGCGGUGGCGGGAGGAGGUCCGAUGGAUCCACGAAGGAGGUGUGGCUGUCGCUCCUCUCGCUGCUCGUCCGCAGCCCGGACACGGAGUGGCAGGACCUGGCGCAGGUGCUGGACUGCAUCGAGGCGCACAACCUCCUCUCCCCACUCGCCGUGGUGGAGGUUCUCGGCACCAACCCGAGGCUGCAGCUUGGGAGCGUCCGCGAGUACGUGCUGCGGAUGAUGCGGCGGGAUGCCCAGCGGGCGGAGGAGCUGCACGGUCUCAUUGACGCGCGGCUGAAGAGGCUGCACGAGUUGCACGGCGAAAUCGACGCGCUGCAAACGAAGGCGACCGUCUUCCAGGCGCAAAGGUGCUUCCACUGCCACGCCGCGCUGGACCUGCCGGUGGUGCACUUCAUGUGCCAGCACUCCUUCCACCAGCGCUGCCUCAACGACGUGACCGAGUGCAACGUCUGCGCCCCGGCGCAUCGCCAGCUUGCGGCGGAGCAGCGCGCGGUGGAGGAGCAGCACAGUGACCCCAAUGUGUUUUUUGAGCGCCUGCGCGCCGCCAACGACGUCGACGGUUUUUCUGUCGUGGCCGAACAGUUUGGGAAGUGCAUCUUCGCCGCCCCGCAGCUGCGCAAGGAGGCAACGCUGUUUUCCGGCGACCCCAUUGUUCGCGGGGCCGUGCCUGUGCAUGCCAGUCGCGGCGGCCCCACCAUAUCGAGCGACGACGACGAGGACGUGAGGCGGGCGGCGGCGGAAGAGGCAGAAGAGGGGGAGGAGGUGUACGACGAGGACGGGGAGCUGCUGCGGCCGGAGGCCGUCGAACUGUGGUAG